AUGGAAACACAUAAUAAUGUUGAAAGAGCCAGUGAACUCUUCAAAGCACAGGCUCAUAUUUACAAACAUGCAUUUGCUUAUGCAAAUUCCAUGGCCCUGAAUUGUGCCAUUCAGUUAGGCAUACCAGAUAUUAUUCAUAACCACAAAAAACCAAUCACUCUUCCUGAUCUACUUUCAGCACUCAAACUUCCCUCAUCAAAAUUAAAUGGCAUUCAUCGACUAAUGCGUCUGUUGAUGCACUCUCAAUUCUUUGAUAUAACAAAGCUCGAAGAAAACUCAGAAACAGAAGGAUAUGUUUUGACAACUUCUUCAAGGCUGCUUCUUAAGAGUGAAAUACCAAAUUUGUCACCUUGUGUUCGAGUAAUGGUUGAUCCUGUCCUUGUCACUCCUUGGCAAUUAUUGGGAGAAUGGUUUCACAAGAAUGAAGAAGCGACGCCAUUUGAGACAGCACAUGGGGUGCCUAUGUGGGACUUUUGUGCACAAAAUCCAAUAUUUGACAGAGUUUUUAAUGAAGGAAUGGCUAGUGAUUCCCAAAUGAUGAGAUUAGUUGUUAAGGACUGCAGGGAAGUUUUUGAGGGACUGAACUCAUUGGUUGAUAUUGGCGGUGGCACUGGCAUUGUACCUAAGACCAUCUUGGAGGCAGUACCUCACUUGAAAUGCACUGUCCUUGAUCUUCCACAUGUUGUUGCCAAUAUGCCACAGAGUGAGAAUUUAAUCUAUGUAGGAGGGAAUAUGUUUCAGACUAUUCCCCAUGCUGAUGCAAUUUUACUUAAGCAUGUUAUGCAUAAUUGGAGUGAUGAGGAUUGUGUGACGAUGCUAAAGAGAUGCAGAGAAGCUAUCAAAGAUAAAUAUGAAGGAAGAAAAGGGAAGGUCCUAAUCAUUGACAUGGUAUUGGAUAGAGAUGAAGAAGAAGCAGACAUGACUGAAGUGAAGCUCAUAUUUGAUGUACUAGUGAUGGUUGUAGCUACUGGAAGGCAGAGAACUGAGAAAGAAUUGGAAAAGCUAUUCCUUGAGGGUGGUUUCAUGAGCUACAAGAUUACACCUGUCCUUGGCCUAAGGUCCCUCAUUCAAGUUUUCCCUUAA